AUGUCAUCAUUUGCGCACUUGAUCGAUAGCGAUCAGGCGUGGGACCCAAAUUCUGCGCGAUCAUUCCAGCAUUUUGGUCCAGCACCCGGAGAGUUAUCUGCGCCGCACCAUGUAACUUCCGCUUCCACUGCGGAUUGGGCGGAUGCACCGGUCAAGAGGCCGUUCGCCAAUAUUAUACACCCUGAAAAUCCAGACGGCUCUCAGGGCAGUCAGAAGCAUUUGGUCGAAUCAACGCUAGACACCCAAGGGUCCUUCAAUGACAGCGGGAAUGAAGACGAUCCUGGAGAUAAGCAGCGUGAUUCAAAGAGGCCACGUAUGGCCAUUUCUUGCUCUGAAUGCAGACGACGAAAAAUUAAGUGCGAUCGCAAUGUCCCUUGUAUGGCAUGCGUGAAGAGAGGUGUGCCUGGCUCGUGUAGAUGGGAAAAUGCAAAGGUCGAACCGUCACCACAGCCAUUCGCUUUAAAAACCCAAGUGGAUGAAUUACAGAGGCGUCUCGAUACUCUCCAGGAGACGCUACAAGUACUGCCUUCGCAGAUUGCUCAAGCAGUGAUUGGCGCUCAGCAACAGUCAGGUACACCUGCAACCCAAUCGAAACCCAACGUCGAUCAUGAUGUUACCACAAAUAUACCUCGAGAAGCAGCAACCAACAAGGCAGAAGCCAGCAGUGCCACUUCUACAGGCUCAAAUGGUUCAAGAGCUUCUAUUUCUACCUCUAAUCCUAAUCCUACUAUGCAUUCUAAUGGUGGUGCUUCGAAGGGCGUGACCGAUUUCUAUGAUGAUGCGGCUGAAAAUGCAGCCGUAGUCCUGGAGAGUAUCGCCUUCAACCCUCAAGCAAACGAGCCCGGUAGUGGGCAUGGGUCAAUGACCUCUCACGAAUAUUGGAGAGGCAACAUGCUUACCCCUGCCUCCGGGGCAGCAUUAGCUGGGACUGCAAAAGAUGACCCACAUUCGAAACAUGGCCAAAGCCAGCAGCAGAUUCAGGAGCUCACCUCGGCCCUGACUAGCGUCAUAGCACCGCCAUGGGACAUCGCGCUUGAUCGAUAUAACCCUUUGUUGAUGCAACAACGAGGUUUUGAGUCAGACAAUCACCAGGAGCUUCUCAAAAACAGGUUUGAUGCUAUGCAUAGCAUUCUUGAACAUCUACCAACUUUACGCCAGAGCUACUAUCUGGCUGAACAAUACAAUAAUAUCCUCCAUUGGCGGUCCCGCAUUUUGCAGUGA